UUUCUGUACCAAAAGCGGUAACCCUGAGCUACACUCGGGCUUACCAUGCGGUGCUGCAUAGGGAUUCCCUGCAGAGCUUACCUUGUCCUUCGCUCCUGUGAUGUGUCCCCUGCAGCGUCCCCGGCCAUCUCCUCCGGCUGAUGCCGGCUUCUGUGUUCCGGUCCCUGUGACGUCGGGACGUAUGGGCGGCGGCGGGAAAUUUGAAAAUUUAAAAAAAAUUUAAUUUUUUUCAAAACGAAUUUUACAUAUGCUUUGUCCUGUGCCCUGUCUGCAUUUUGACUGUUCUUUCUG